AUGGCGACGAACCGAUACAUUUGCGAAGUGUGCCACAAAGGAUUCCAACGAGAUCAGAAUCUGCAGCUGCACAGGAGAGGCCACAACCUGCCAUGGAAGCUCAAGCAGAGGCCUGCCACACAAGCCAAGAAGCAGGUCUAUGUCUGCCCGGAGCCCAACUGUGUGCACCACAACCCUGCCCGCCCCCUUGGCGACCUCACUGGCAUCAAGAAGCACUACUGCAGGAAGCACGGAGACAAGAAAUGGAAGUGCGACAAGUGCUCCAAGCGCUACGCUGUCCAGUCCGACUGGAAGGCACACGCCAAGAUCUGUGGUACCCGUGAGUACCGCUGCGACUGCGGCACCAACUUCUCACGGAAGGACAGUUUCGUGACUCACAGAGCGUUCUGCGACGCUUUGAACAAGGAGAAUUAUAUGGCAAAGCAUAAUGCUGGUGAAGCAAUGGUGCAAAACCAUGCUGAAGAAGUCUUGCAUGCUUCUGUAGAUUUAUCAUGUCAUGAACCAUUGUCAUUGAGCACGCAUGGGAUGAUGAUGGCCAGCAGUUUCAAUCCAUUUUACAGUCCAAGAACUCUGAAACCGGCUGCCAUUGGGGGACUGAGUAGUCCCCCUUUAGCAGCAGACUCUGUUUACACAUCAGCAACUGCAUUGCUGCAGAGGGCUGCACAAAUGGGCUCAAAAACCAGUGACAACACUUCUCUGUCUCCAAUUCUUCUCAGAGGAUUCACAGGCUACUUCACUCAAACCCGAAACAUUGCAGACAAGGGCUCUACUGAGGCUGGUUUCAAUGCGGCCGCGCCCCAAACAUCCACUGCUUCGAGUGGAAUGCUUAGAGGUGAUGUUGCAGAGAUGGGCUUAUAUGAUCUUUCGGUGUUUAUGGGUUCAUCAGGAGGCGGUCAUUCCAGCGGGCUAGUUCUCCAGGAGCAAGAGAAGAUGACUGUUGACUUCUUGGGAGUGGCACCUCCAACGUUUUCGGGUGCAACAGAAUAUGGGGAUGAAAGGCAGUGCUUAGAGGAUGUGCAUUCCCAAUGGUAG